CUUGGCAACCUUGAUUUUCCUCCGACAUAUUGUUUGUGUGGAUCAAAUUUUGGAAAGCUAAGCGAGUUACAGGAUUACUAUUUAUUUAUUUCUCAACAGGUUUUGCCGAAUCUGUCACUCAGUCCUGUCUAAAAUGGAGCCGUCCACCAGUCCUGCAAAGGAUAACUACAGGAUGAACCGCUACAAGAACAAAGCUCUGAACCUGGAGGAGAUGAGGCGCAGGAGGGAGGAGGAGGGAGUCCAGCUCAGGAAACAGAAACGAGAGCAGCAGCUCUUCAAGAGGAGAAAUGUGGACGUCCUCGACGAGGAAGCAGCCACAUCUGAGAGUCAGCUGGUCCACUCAUACCUCACCUCCCCAACCACGGAAGGAGUGAUCACAAGAGACAUGGUGGAGAUGCUGUUCUCAGAGGACCCAGAGAUGCAGCUAGCCACAACACAGAAAUUCAGGAAACUACUGUCCAAAGAGCCCAACCCCCCCAUCGACGAAGUCAUAAACACGCCCGGAGUGGUGGAGAGAUUUGUCGAGUUCCUCAAGACGAGCCUGAACUGCACCUUACAGUUCGAGGCAGCUUGGGCCCUCACCAACAUAGCGUCGGGUACAUCCAUGCAGACGAAGGUGGUGAUCGAGGCCGGGGCCGUUCCCAUCUUCAUAGACCUCCUCAACUCUGACUUGGAGGACGUCCAAGAGCAGGCUGUGUGGGCGCUGGGGAACAUUGCGGGUGACAGCGCCGUGUGCAGAGACUACGUUCUCGACUGCAACAUCCUCCCACCACUGCUGACGCUCCUGACCAAGUCCACCAGGCUGACCAUGACCAGGAACGCUGUGUGGGCUCUGUCCAACCUCUGCAGGGGCAAGAGCCCCCCGCCUGUCUUCGAGAAGGUGUCGCCCUGCCUGCCGGUGCUGUCCAGGCUUCUGUUCAGCAGUGACCCAGACCUGCUGGCGGACGCCUGCUGGGCGCUGUCCUACCUCUCAGACGGCCCCAACGACAAGAUCCAGGCAGUCAUCGACUCUGGGGUCUGCCGCCGCCUCGUCGAGCUGCUCAUGCACACUGACUACAAGGUGGCCUCGCCCGCCCUGAGAGCUGUGGGGAACAUCGUCACUGGGGACGAUAUCCAGACACAGGUGGUGCUGAACUGCUCGGCGCUGCCCUGUGUGUUGCACCUCCUCAGCUCUGCUAAAGAGUCUAUCCGCAAAGAGGCCUGCUGGACCAUCUCCAACAUCACCGCUGGGAACAGGGCCCAGAUCCAGACAGUGAUCGACGGCAACAUCUUCCCGGUGCUGAUCGACAUCCUGCAGAAGGCGGAGUUUAGGACCAGGAAGGAGGCGGCCUGGGCCAUCACCAACGCCACGUCUGGGGGGACCCCGGAGCAGAUCAGGUACCUGGUGAACCUGGGCUGCAUUAAGCCUCUGUGUGACCUGCUCACGGUCAUGGACUCCAGGAUCGUCCAGGUGGCUCUGAGCGGGCUGGAGAACAUCCUGAGGCUGGGGGAGCAGGAGGCCCGGCAGGGGGGCCAGGGUCAGGGGGUCAACCCCUACUGCAGCCUCAUAGAGGAGGCCUACGGCCUGGACAAGAUCGAGUUCCUCCAAAGCCACGACAACCAGGACAUCUACCAGAAGGCCUUCGACCUGAUCGAGCACUACUUUGGGGUAGAGGAGGAGGAAGCCAACUUGGCCCCCCAGGUGGACCAGGCCAACCAGCAGUUUCUCUUCCCCCAGCAGGAAGCCCCCAUGGAGGGCUUCCAGCUAUAACUCACCCCCCUCUCCACCACCCAGCUCAUAUCUGCCCUCCUACACUUCUCAAAUGAGGGUAUAUCACUUUGGCUUUCCUGUUUUACCACUAGCCCUUCCCUCCCUCCCCCCUCCUUAAAGCCCAUUGGCUCUGGAAGAAAAGGAGGGUCCUGUUCCUGUUAAACCCUCCCAACUCUACCAAUAGUCUGCCUUCUUCCUGGCUGAACAGACCAAUCAGAGUCAGCUUCUCUCGUAGGCACCCUGGCCUAGUUAAGAGGACAAUGACGUCAAGCCCAGUGAACCUAAUUAAAAGUUGUCUCCACAAACUCCCUCCCCUCAGACUGUAGUUGUGUCUCAACCUGUUCACAGUCCGUCAUUUAGAACCCCUUCGUGUUUUAGGUUUUUUUUUGCUUAGAGGUGGCAGUUUUUCCUGUGUUUUUUUUCCCCUCCCUUCCCACACCAUAGAGUAUCUCUCUGUUUGUGAAAAAUCCCGCUUUCGGGAAUCACAUGCAGACAUGAUGAUUAUAUGACAGUGAGGUGACACCCAAACUCUUACGUUGGACUCAGGAGUCGAGCUUGCUUGACGUGUUAACCUUCUCCAAUGUAUCCGCUAGUUCAUUCAAGUUUUAUUUCACAUUCACCCAGUUUGACGUUCAGUUGCAAUAGGACUCCACGGUGUCUCUCACCCGCUCAUAAUAGAGGAACAUGGCUCCCCUCUGAACACGGCUAGCAGUUGUUUUGGGUUGUGUUGGACAUACAGGGUAUUCGCUGCUGUGUGGUCUCCACAUAGACACAGAGACUCCAACACACUUCAGGCUCUCUCCUCUCUCCUUCCUGGAAACUGGAGAUAAUUUCCAUUUAAACAACUUCCUCUUUCGGUUCAUUGCUCAUGGCAGAUCUUUUCUUUUUUUUAUGAUAGGGAGGGGGUGG